UUCCAGCGAUAUUUUCCUCCCAACGCGGAUCUCCAGCAUCAUCCCGUGUCUCAGCCAACCCGCAGUCAAGCUCUCAGUGUCGGCCACGUCCCCGGGCCACGUCGCGCUGCUCUCGCCAUCUUUCAGUCGCGAAAACCGUGUUUAUAACGCCGUUAGAGAGAACAACAUCCGCACUUUAACGCGUUCCCUUCACACAUCCCAACAGCCCACAGAAACAUGAACAUCUUCAGACUGACGGGGGAUCUGUCCCAUUUAGCAGCCAUCAUCAUCCUCCUAAUGAAGAUCUGGAAAAGCAGGUCGUGUGCAGGGAUAUCUGGGAAGAGUCAGGUUCUGUUUGCUCUGGUGUUCACCACUCGCUAUCUGGACCUGCUCACGGCCUUCAUCUCCCUCUACAACUCCUUCAUGAAGAUCAUCUACAUCGCAUGUGCCUAUGCCACGGUUUACCUGAUAUAUGCCAAGUUCAAGGCCACGUAUGAUGGAAACCACGACACGUUCAGGGUGGAGUUCCUGGUGGUCCCAGUCGGAGGCCUGGCGUUCCUCGUCAACCAUGACUUCUCUCCUCUGGAGAUCCUGUGGACUUUCUCCAUCUAUCUGGAGUCGGUGGCCAUUCUUCCACAGCUGUUCAUGAUCAGUAAGACUGGAGAAGCCGAGACCAUCACCACACACUACCUGUUCUUCCUCGGCCUGUACCGAGCCCUGUAUCUCAUCAACUGGAUCUGGCGCUUCUACUUCGAAGGAUUCUUCGACAUGAUCGCCAUCGUCGCCGGCGUCGUCCAGACAAUCCUCUACUGUGAUUUCUUUUAUUUAUACGUAACAAAAGUGUUGAAAGGAAAGAAGCUGAGUCUGCCAGCGUAAGGGUCUCGGACCGGAGCGAGACGCUGAGGACGAGUGAGACGAGUGAGAUCCGUUCCUGGUCACAUCAGGUGCUCUGGAUUCAAGCCCAGGCCGUACCGUGGCUUUUUCGGAUUCCUGUUUUAUGCAUCUUGUCUUACCCUUUUUUAUUAUUCUGUAUAAAAGAAAGUUUUCUACAUGAAACGUGUGCUAUGAUUCGACCGACGGCAUCACAAAGAGCUGAAAUCGCCUCAUCAGGCAAUGCUAACAGGCAGGGACUGAUUCUUAUGAUGAAUAUUGAUUUUGUUUGUAAGAGUAUUUUCAAUCUGAUUAAAUGUACAUGUUUUCAAGAAGAUUAAGGGAGUGUUUGUUGCUCCGUAGGAUAAAAUUGAAUGGAAAAAAUACUUGUUUUUGCUGGUUUUCUUCAUGCAAUAAUCAUUUGUGAAAGAUGGUCUAGCGGUUCCUCAAACCGCUUGUCUAAUUAGGUUAAAAUAAUACGAUUUCAAUGUUUGAAAGAUGGAAAAUUUCAAAUUUAUAGCUAAGAACAGCUCAACACAUGGGAACCGCCACUGUCUGUCAGCGUACAGUAUUGACACUGCCUUCAUCACUGUAAAUGGCUUCUUAAAGAACCAAAAAAUAAACCGUACAAAUGUUCUCAAA